UGGCACGCUCGGCCGUCGCCUCCGGCACUCACCGCUACUCCACCGCUGCCAACCAUAGUAAGCAAGCAAGGCAAUUCAUCACCGAGCUAGCUCGUCAGGUACUAGCACGCAGAGAAAAGCUACGAGAUCAUCGUCCAUGGCCAACUUCGCCGCUCAGCUCAAGGACAAGCUCCUCGGCCUCGUCGACCGCGUUGUCAGCUGGGGCGGCCGCGGCGCCGGCGCGGCCGCCGGCGCCGGCGCUAACAAGGAUGUACCCGAGGCGCCCGCUAAGUUGCCAAAUGUUCAGCCCAUUGCGAUCAAGCCGAGAGAUCCCAACGUGAGCCAAGGAUCAAAGGCCGGCUUCAACGGAGACCAGCUGCGUUAAAUAAACGACUCGACGUGUUCAUUGUUGUCGCGUGCAUGGUUGAUAACUUGGUAUAUAUGCUUGCCCGUGUUCCAAAUAAGAAUACGUUGUAUACUUGUAUGUGCAGUAUCGAUUCUCCUCUUCCGAUCAAUUGGUUGUAAUGGAACCUUGAGAUUUAUUUUUUAUAUUUCCUUUCGAAGUUUCCCUUUGAUCCAUGAGGAUUUGGGCGUGUAUUUUUCUUUUGAAACAUGCAACCUCAAUAAAAAUAGAGAUUUGAUUAAAGGUA